AUGUACACGGUGGAGGCGCUGGAGCGAGGCCCUCAGCUGUACGGCCCCUCACAGAACCUCUUCCUCUUUGACGUAAAGGAUUUCAUGAGCAGAGCUGGGCACCUGGGAACAGAGACAGGACAAGCCGCGAAGAAUAAGGGCCCAACCACAGCCUCCCUGCUCUCCCAGGCCCAACCACAGCCUCCCUGCUCUCCCAGGCCCAACCACAGCCACCCUGCUCACCCAGGCCCAACCACAGCCACCCUGCUCUCCCAGGCCCAACCACAGCCACCCUGCUCUCCCAGGCCCAACCACCGCCUCCCUGCUCUCCCAGGCCCAACCACCGCCUCCCUGCUCUCCCAGGCCCAACCACAGCCUCCCUGCUCACCCAGGCCCAACCACAGCCACCCUGCUCUCCCAGGCCCAACCACAGCCACCCUGCUCACCCAGGCCCAACCACAGCCACCCUGCUCUCCCAGGCCCAACCACAGCCUCCCUGCUCACCCAGGCCCAACCACAGCCACCCUGCUCUCCCAGGCCCAACCACAGCCACCCUGCUCACCCAGGCCCAACCACAGCCUCCCUGCUCUCCCAGGCCCAACCACCGCCUCCCUGCUCACCCAGGCCCAACCACAGCCUCCCUGCUCUCCCAGGCCCAACCACAGCCUCCCUGCUCUCCCAGGCCCAACCACAGCCACCCUGCUCUCCCAGGCCCAACCACAGCCUCCCUGCUCACCCAGGCCCAACCACAGCCACCCUGCUCACCCAGGCCCAACCACAGCCUCCCUGCUCUCCCAGGCCCAACCACAGCCUCCCUGCUCACCCAGGCCCAACCACAGCCUCCCUGCUCUCCCAGGCCCAACCACCGCCUCCCUGCUCACCCAGGCCCAACCACAGCCACCCUGCUCUCCCAGGCCCAACCACAGCCUCCCUGCUCACCCAGGCCCAACCACAGCCUCCCUGCUCACCCAGGCCCAACCACCGCCUCCCUGCUCACCCAGGCCCAACCACCGCCUCCCUGCUCACCCAGGCCCAACCACAGCCUCCCUGCUCUCCCAGGCCCAACCACAGCCUCCCUGCUCUCCCAGGCCCAACCACAGCCUCCCUGCUCUCCCAGGCCCAACCACAGCCUCUCUGCUCACCCAGGCCCAACCACAGCCUCCCUGCUCACCCAGGCCCAACCACAGCCACCCUGCUCUCCCAGGCCCAACCACAGCCACCCUGCUCUCCCAGGCCCAACCACAGCCACCCUGCUCACCCAGGCCCAACCACAGCCACCCUGCUCUCCCAGGCCCAACCACAGCCACCCUGCUCUCCCAGGCCCAACCACCGCCUCCCUGCUCUCCCAGGCCCAACCACAGCCUCCCUGCUCACCCAGGCCCAACCACAGCCUCCCUGCUCACCCAGGCCCAACCACAGCCACCCUGCUCUCCCAGGCCCAACCACCGCCUCCCUGCUCUCCCAGGCCCAACCACAGCCACCCUGCUCUCCCAGGCCCAACCACCGCCUCCCUGCUCUCCCAGGCCCAACCACAGCCUCCCUGCUCACCCAGGCCCAACCACAGCCUCUCUGCUCUCCCAGGCCCAACCACAGCCUCCCUGCUCACCCAGGCCCAACCACAGCCUCCCUGCUCUCCCAGGCCCAACCACAGCCUCUCUGCUCUCCCAGGCCCAACCACAGCCUCCCUGCUCUCCCAGGCCCAACCACAGCCACCCUGCUCUCCCAGGCCCAACCACAGCCACCCUGCUCUCCCAGGCCCAACCACCGCCUCCCUGCUCUCCCAGGCCCAACCACAGCCUCCCUGCUCUCCCAGGCCCAACCACCGCCACCCUGCUCACCCCAGGCCCAACCACAGCCACCCUGCUCUCCCAGGCCCAACCACCGCCUCCCUGCUCUCCCAGGCCCAACCACAGCCUCCCUGCUCACCCAGGCCCAACCACAGCCUCCCUGCUCUCCCAGGCCCAACCACAGCCACCCUGCUCUCCCAGGCCCAACCACAGCCACCCUGCUCUCCCAGGCCCAACCACCGCCUCCCUGCUCUCCCAGGCCCAACCACAGCCUCCCUGCUCACCCAGGCCCAACCACAGCCUCCCUGCUCUCCCAGGCCCAACCACAGCCACCCUGCUCACCCAGGCCCAACCACAGCCACCCUGCUCUCCCAGGCCCAACCACAGCCUCCCUGCUCUCCCAGGCCCAACCACAGCCACCCUGCUCACCCAGGCCCAACCACAGCCACCCUGCUCUCCCAGGCCCAACCAUAGCCUCCCUGCUCACCCCAGGCCCAACCACAGCCUCCCUGCUCACCCAGGCCCAACCACAGCCUCCCUGCUCUCCCAGGCCCAACCACAGCCACCCUGCUCACCCAGGCCCAACCACAGCCACCCUGCUCUCCCAGGCCCAACCACAGCCACCCUGCUCUCCCAGGCCCAACCACAGCCUCCCUGCUCACCCAGGCCCAACCACAGCCACCCUGCUCUCCCAGGCCCAACCACAGCCACCCUGCUCUCCCAGGCCCAACCACAGCCUCCCUGCUCACCCAGGCCCAACCACAGCCACCCUGCUCUCCCAGGCCCAACCACAGCCACCCUGCUCUCCAUUUAA